UCCUACGUCAUCAUUACCCACUCGAUCCGAUAGGAAAGAAGCAGGACGAAGAAUCUAGCAGCGACGAAAAUACCAGCCGGACCUGUAUUGUCGCCAGAGACCAGUGAUUGUGCAUUGCGUUGACGUGGACGAUUUUACAUUAUAAGAUUCCCUACUUACUUGAAAGUUCAUGUGUAUCAUACAUACUUAGCAUAUGCCAACGGACAAUAGGGAACACUCUUCUAAUGUCAAAACUCUUCCCGCGCACAAGCUAGCUUGGCCUAGCUUAGAUUAGGAGCGGUUGCAAUUUGUACCUGCUUGUCACACCACCAACUUGGACACCGUCGGGUCUGUCCCUUUGACCCUUCAGCCAAAGGCCCAAAGUAUCAUUCAUUCCUUUAUACCAUAUCUAUAUCUUUAACUAGUGUCUGGGUGUGUGCGGAUCCAAAAGCUGAUGAACCCUCUCCGUGAUAUCUCACAUCCUCAGUCUCCCGCCCCGAACCAAUCGAACCUCGUAUCGGGUUCUAAUCAGCGACUCAAUGCUCCUUCUGUCAUCACGGUCGACGUCCCUGUCAGCGUCGCCCGACGACAGGAGACACAGAGCAGUCUGAGACAAGCAUCCGUGGCUCUAGAUGCUGCAUAUGAGCGUGUCACACAACUCAGACACAACAUCAACAAUUUGCUCAACCAGAUGCCACCGGAAUUCACAGAAGGACGCUCAGCCGCACGCGACAGGACGCCAGAGUCCAGUAUCGCACCCCCGCAUGCUGCCUUGGUCCUUACCGGGUCAGAUGCUCCAGAGUCAGUCCUGGAGUUCAACAGGCGCGUUCAGAGGUUGAGAACAAUCAUCAAUCCCUCGGCCAGGCAGCGCCUGGAAGAUUUUGAGACCAUGGCGAGACGCAGGAGAGGUUCUACUUCGGAGCGUGCUUCAGACGUGCCACGCAAUCCCAAUAGAUCCCAAUGGUGGGAUACACCUGCCGAUUCACCCUCUCGGAUACUCCCAGCUCGCGCUCGUUCCCCUCCGCUGCCAGACUUGAUUAUUCCUGCAAACAGGACCGCUCUUCCAAGCAGUCUGGAAGAACGCUCUGCUUUCCGCAGCCAGCUUGGGAUCAUACAUCCCGAUGAUCCCAGCACUAUGAUCGGGCGACAAGUGGCAGCGCGUACUAGCUCAGAACGCCAGAACAUCACCGCCCCACCACUCGAACAACGACUCCAAAAUCAGACCUCUGUCAUUGCGCGGGAUUUAGCGAACUUGGCUAGUCAGCUUGUGAUGCGGGGAGUUCGCCGUAUUGAUGACGCUGCUCGGCAAACGCAGUCUCGGCUACCAAGCCUGAGCGAUAGAUCCGUUUUACAGGGACAAGGGACCGUUCCGGUUCCUUCAGAGGCAGAGAUGGACUGGGAACCUACUGUGCCACAGCGAAACAAUGACCCGCUCCUCACAUUCGUGCUUGAUAUUGCGGCUACGCCCGACUCAUCCACGCGUCCUUCUCAGUCAUCGAGUGAUUUGAAUAGGCGGUGGACUAGUGAGCACGCCGAGCGAACACCACUAUUAGAAGAGCGGGACCAAGCCCCCCCCAGCGUGCCGCAGAGACCACCACCUCAUUACCUGAAUGCUAGAUCGUGGCCUAGACAAGCAACUGCAAAUAAUGCAGGUGAAACUUCGACGUCUUUUGGCUCUUACAGACGUCGCAGGGGAUGGGGUACGUCGGUCUUAUUACUAGAUGGCACUUCUCUGACCCUCAAUUUCAGCGCGCCUUAAUGCGGAUGGGGAUGAGAUUAUUUCAGAUGACGAAGAUGAAG